CGCAUUGAACUUCUUCCUCUGCAACAAGAGCGCGCAUACAAACACCCACCCAAAUAACUUUGCGGUGUGUCUAAUGCACUCCAGCCGGACUUGCGAACAUCGGCUAUUGACUUUGCCCGGAACAGCGAUCGGAGCGGAAAAAAAGAUAAUGCCGAGGAGCACCACAGUGCGUCGUCCUUUGGGGUCCCCUGUCCUCAUCUCAAGCGGAGAGGACGCCGUAGACAACACAAACUCCGAAAGAGACUCCUCAUCCUCGGAUGGUUCUCUCAAGACCUCCUGAUCCAGGGCAGCACUGGUCGCCAUGGCAACGCCGGCGUACAUCCCGGUGGAGUCCAACCAGUCAGUGACGUUCACGUCCGUCUUCAACGCCAGUUGCCGCUUUGACGAGGAGUUCAAGUACAUCCUGCUGCCCGUCUCCUACACGCUUGUUUUCGUGGUGGGCUUGGCGCUCAACGCCACUGCCCUGUGGACCUUCAUCAAGAUGCGCCCAUGGAACCCCAGUACCGUCUUCAUGUUCCACCUGGCGCUCUCUGACUUCCUGUACGUGCUAUCGCUGCCCACGCUCAUCUACUACUACGCCAACCGCAGCCAUUGGCCCUUUGGUGUGGCGGCGUGCAAAAUGGUGCGCUUCCUAUUCUACGCCAACCUCUACUGCAGCAUCCUAUUGCUAACCUGCAUCAGCCUGCACCGCUACAUGGGCAUCUGCCACCCCAUCAAGGCACUCAGCUUGGUCAAACCUCGCCACGCCCACCUGGCGUGCGCCGCCGUGUGGGCGGCGGUGGCGGUCUGCUUGGUGCCCAACUUGGUGUUCGUCACUACAUCCAGGCGAGACAACGACACGUUGUGCCAUGACACCACCAGCCAGGAUUCCUUCGAGGAGUACGUGGACUACAGCUCGGUUGUCAUGACGCUUCUGUUCGGCGUGCCCUUCCUGGUCAUCGUGGCGUGUUACUGCCAAAUGGCGCGCACCUUGUGCCGACCCCGGAGAGGUUUGUUGGCCAACCAGGUGUCGCGGCAGAAGUCCGUCAAGCUCAUCGUGGUGGUGCUGAUCGUCUUCGCCGUCAGCUUUGUGCCCUUCCACGUCACGCGCACCGUCUACUACACGGCCCGCGUGUUGCAGCUGGAUUGCCGCACCCUCAACAUCGUCAACUUCACUUACAAGAUCACAAGGCCGCUCGCCAGCGUCAACAGCUGCAUCGACCCCAUUUUGUACUUCCUGGCCGGCGACCAUUACCGCACCAAGCUGUUUUCUGUGCUGACGGGGAAAAGACAGGCCACCACGAGCCAAGCGCCUGCUCAGGCUGCGGCCAAUAAGAACGCGAGUAUCGCUCUGGCCUACUUGAACUUGGAAGCUAAAGUCAAGCGCGAAGCGCAAAAGAUGUAGAAAUUAGAACGAUUGUUUUUUGUUUUGCACUGACAGCCGAGUCAAUUCUGCAAUUGACAUCAACUUGGACAUACAGUUGCUAGCCUAGCAAGGACAAGCUGGAGAAAAUGGAUUGUAAAAAAAACUUUCACUGUAGCCUUUGAGUAGAUUGUGUUACUUUUACUGUAUUCAAACAGAAACAGCUUUGAAAUAGUGUCCUUUUCACAUUGGAGCUCAUGUUGCAGGUGUACCUAAUGUUGUGACCUGUGAACUGCAGCUGCCAGCUGCUUUUGUCUUUCACUUGAACAUCUGUUCAUUUGCUCUCUCAACGAGGGGCGCAAACGGGGGUGGAACGUCGACUAUCUGGAACUGACUCCUCCAAACCUCCUACACAUGAUUCCUCUAUUAGCUUUGGGACUUGGAGUCGGUCGGGAAAACAGUGUUGAAGCUUAGUCGGCCAAAAUCUGAAAAUAUCUUUUACAUAAGAAAAUUCACCCUGGUCUUGAUAUCAUGACAUUAAGGCUGCAAAUGUUGUUGUGGUCUUGGCCGUGUUGUUGUUCCGUGAGGGAUGCCUGUCGUGAUUUUUGCUAGUCAUUGGCAGAAAACAUAAAAGAAAAUGUUAAAAACUUGGAGGACAGUUAUUGAGAGUUGAGGCUUAUUUAAAAUGUUGAAAACAAUCCACGUUUUAAAAAUGUAUUUAUUCAUUUUUUAUAUUAUUAUUCCCUUUAUUCCGGACUGGCCCAUCAGACGUGACCUGUCUAAAGACAUUUUCCUCAUGAAUAAUGUCUGACCCCAAAGGUUUAUGAUCCGAAUUGCCUUUACACAAGCCACUCUUCAAAUUUCGAAACAGCUCAGCUGCACCCCCUAACGGUUUUGUUAUAAAAUACAUCUGUGCGAUCUGAAUUAUCAGUUAAGAAAACUGAGUGUGAAUUUAAAAUGUCGGAGAUGUGUAAUCUAGAGUUCAUUAUAGGCUGUGUCUAGACAUUUAUUUGAUAUUUGCUGCGUCUGUCUAAAUAACAAUUGUUGUUAAGUGACAGAACAACAUCUUGGACAUUGGAUUGACCAAUUAAGUUCUGCUUUAGCCGACAAACGCGAUACAGUUGUUUUAAUUCCAGAUUUUCUUCAAGGCUCGUCUUUAGAGGCACAUUGGUCUUGAGUAUUAGUAUUUAUUAUUCUGCAAGACGGCGUGAGUGAGAAAAAAAGAUGUGAUGUUCUUAGAUUUCUGCGCUCAAGGACAUGAAGGACUAUUAUGAUCAAAAACUUGAUUCGUGACAUUUGCAGGAGAAAAAAAAACAUGUUUCCUUUUUGUGUCCUUCCACAAGUAUGAGAAAAUAAAUUGGCUGUCGGGAGCACGUGUCACACGUCUAUUCAGCGCAAAUAGCCUCGCCUUUCCGCGCCACACUAUUCACCGCAAAAUACAUUUCCCUCAGAUUUAAAUCCAUUUAGUCGGAGGACCUUCAGGUAUAUUUUCACUUUUUUUACGCUAUAGAAAUGCCAAUAAAUGUCAAUAAUGUUGUGAAGUCCAUCAUGAGGGACCUUUUUUUUUUUUUUACUAUUAUUAAAGUGUUUAGU